CAGAUCAACACUAAAGCCCCACAAUGUCCUUGAAACCACGAGUAGUUGACUUUGAUGAAACAUGGAACAAACUUCUAACAACAAUUAAAGCUGUUGUUAUGUUGGAUUAUGUUGAAAGAGCAACGUGGAAUGAUCGCUUCUCAGACAUUUAUGCUUUGUGUGUGGCCUAUCCUGAACCUCUUGGAGAGAGACUUUAUACUGAGACUAAAAUUUUUUUGGAAAAUCACGUACGCCAUUUGCACAAGAGAGUUCUGGAAGCUGAAGAACAAGUACUGGUUAUGUAUCACAGAUACUGGGAAGAGUAUAGCAAAGGGGCAGACUAUAUGGACUGCUUAUACAGGUACCUCAACACACAGUUUAUUAAGAAGAACAAAUUGACUGAAGCUGAUCUUCAGUAUGGUUAUGGAGGAGUGGAUAUGAAUGAACCAUUGAUGGAAAUAGGAGAGCUAGCUCUUGAUAUGUGGAGAAAAUUAAUGAUUGAGCCACUGCAGGCCAUCCUUAUUCGGAUGCUCCUCCGAGAAAUAAAAAAUGAUCGCUGUGGAGAAGACCCAAACCAGAAAGUAAUCCAUGGGGUUAUUAACUCCUUUGUUCAUGUUGAACAGUAUAAGAAAAAAUUCCCCCUAAAGUUUUAUCAGGAAAUUUUUGAGUGUCCUUUUCUGAAUGAAACAGGGGAGUAUUAUAAACAAGAAGCGUCAAAUUUAUUGCAAGAGUCAAAUUGCUCACAGUACAUGGAGAAGGUUUUAGGUAGAUUAAAAGAUGAAGAAAUGCGGUGUCGGAAAUACUUGCAUCCCAGCUCAUAUGGCAAAGUGAUUCAUGAAUGCCAGCAGAGAAUGGUAGCUGAUCACUUGCAGUUCCUACAUGCAGAAUGUCACAAUAUUAUUAGACAAGAGAAAAGAAGUGACAUGGCAAAUAUGUAUACUCUACUUCGUGCUGUGUCAAGUGGUUUACCUCAUAUGAUUCAGGAACUACAAAACCAUAUCCAUGAUGAGGGCCUUAGAGCAACCAGCAAUCUUUCUCAGGAAAAUAUGCCAACUCAGUUUGUGGAGUCAGUUUUGGAAGUACAUAGUAAAUUUGUUCAACUCAUCAACACUGUUUUGAAUGGUGAUCAACACUUUAUGAGUGCCCUUGACAAGGCUUUGACAUCAGUAGUUAACUAUAGGGAGCCCAAGUCAAUCUGCAAAGCACCUGAGUUGCUGGCCAAGUACUGUGACAACUUGUUGAAGAAAUCAGCAAAAGGAAUGACAGAGAAUGAAGUAGAAGACAAACUUACAAGUUUCAUUACUGUUUUCAAAUACAUUGAUGACAAAGAUGUAUUCCAAAAGUUCUAUGCCAGAAUGUUGGCAAAAAGAUUAAUUCAUGGUUUGUCUAUGUCUAUGGAUUCUGAAGAAGCCAUGAUUAAUAAACUGAAGCAAGCCUGUGGUUAUGAAUUUACCAGCAAGCUCCAUCGAAUGUAUACAGACAUGAGUGUUAGUGCUGAUCUCAACAACAAAUUCAACAACUUUAUCAAAAACCAGGACACAAUUAUAGAUUUGGGAAUUAGUUUUCAGAUAUAUGUUCUACAGGCUGGUGCAUGGCCUCUAACUCAGGCUCCUUCUUCGACAUUUGCAAUUCCUCAGGAACUGGAAAAAAGUGUACAGAUGUUUGAAUUAUUUUACAGUCAGCAUUUUAGUGGAAGGAAGCUUACUUGGUUACAUUACCUUUGUACAGGUGAAGUAAAAAUGAAUUAUUUGUGCAAACCUUAUGUAGCCAUGGUCACAACAUACCAAAUGGCAGUGUUGCUUGCCUUCAACAACAGUGAAACUGUAAGUUACAAGGAGCUUCAGGAUAGUACACAAAUGAAUGAGAAGGAACUAACAAAAACCAUCAAAUCCUUACUUGAUGUCAAAAUGAUCAACCAUGACUCAGACAAGGAAGAUAUAGAGACAGAGUCUACGUUUUCAUUAAAUAUGAACUUCAGCAGUAAACGAACAAAAUUUAAAAUUACUACAUCAAUGCAGAAAGACACACCACAGGAGAUGGAACAGACCAGAAGUGCUGUAGAUGAAGACAGAAAAAUGUAUCUUCAAGCUGCUAUAGUCCGUAUCAUGAAAGCACGUAAAGUGUUGCGACAUAACGCUCUUAUCCAAGAG